AUGCGUAUCAUCAAUCAUAAAUAUUCAACAAUUUUUUGUUAUACGUUGUCUUUGCAGUCGGAAGCCAGGAUAGUGUCUCUGGUGAUAUAUUUUGCUUGCUCCGAUCCCGAACCCGAAAGGAUACUUCCUAGACGUAGAAGUGUGAAUUUAAUUAUAAACCGACCACCAGAACUGCUAGAUGAAGAAUGCACACCAUUGUUAUGGGAAACCAUUUCUAGUGAUCCACCGCAAUAUGACGAUAUUAAUAUAUCAGCACGUUGUCCUGAGCGUCCGCCAUCUUAUGAGGAAAUUGAUAAAGAUUAGGCCACGUACGGACAAAUGACAAUUGAUUUCGUAUUUGCAAUAAUAUUAAUGUUUCGAGAAAUGGAUGGUGCAUUGGAUGAUUAGAAGUGGUGCAUUGC